CUCACCGUCCGUGUACGCGAGUGUGCGCGCCGCGGUGUAUUUUUUCGUUGCCAGCCAGUACAGCGCAAACCUGAGCGCCCGAAACAACGUGCCGCACCAGCAAAUCCACUCGAAUCGAAUAACAGCGCACAGGAGGGCCACAAGGGCUUUCGCACCAUGAGCACAAUCUUGAAAUUUUCGCAGGCGUCGGCGCUGGUCGGCUCGAAGAUUGGCCUGUGUCGCGCUGCCGGCAGCCGUGCUCUUCACGUUUCGGCGGACCGUCGCAGCAAUAAGGACUCCACGUAUGGUGUCGUUGACCAUACAUAUGAUGCGGUCGUGGUGGGCGCCGGCGGCGCAGGUCUACGUGCUGCUUUCGGGCUCGUCGCUGAAGGCUUCAAAACCGCGGUUAUCACGAAGUUGUUUCCAACUAGGUCGCAUACUGUUGCCGCACAGGGUGGUAUCAAUGCCGCUGUUGGAAGUAUGGAAGCGGAUAAUUGGCAAUGGCACAUGUACGAUACGGUCAAGGGUUCCGAUUGGUUGGGUGACCAGGAUGCCAUUCACUAUAUGACCCGUGAAGCUGUCAAGGCUGUGAUUGAGUUGGAGAACUACGGUAUGCCCUUCUCCCGCACACCAGAAGGAAAGAUUUACCAGCGUGCGUUCGGUGGUCAAUCGUUGAAAUAUGGUAAAGGCGGUCAAGCGCAUCGUACCUGCUGCGUUGCUGAUCGGACUGGUCACAGUCUCCUACACACCCUCUAUGGUCAAUCGUUAAGAUACGACUGCAACUAUUUCGUAGAAUAUUUCGCGUUGGAUUUACUAAUGGAAGAUGGAGAAUGCCGAGGUGUGAUUGCGCUUUGCCUCGAAGACGGAACCAUUCAUAGGUUCCGAGCGAAGAACACCGUGCUUGCAACUGGUGGGUAUGGCAGGGCAUAUUUCUCUUGUACUUCUGCGCACACUUGCACCGGUGAUGGUUCUGCGAUGGUUACCCGCGCUGGUCUUCAAAAUGAAGAUCUCGAGUUUGUACAGUUCCAUCCGACUGGUAUUUACACCGCUGGAUGUUUGAUUACUGAAGGUUGUCGCGGUGAGGGUGGUUACCUUGUAAAUUCCAAGGGUGAACGUUUCAUGGAGCGUUAUGCUCCAGUUGCGAAAGAUUUAGCUUCCCGGGAUGUCGUUUCGAGGAGUAUGACGAUUGAAAUCCGCGAAGGACGUGGUUGUGGCCCCGAUAAAGACCACGUUCAUUUACAACUGCAUCACUUGCCCGCUGAGCAACUUCAUCAGCGUUUGCCAGGUAUUUCCGAGACAGCGAUGAUCUUUGCUGGCGUGGAUGUUACCAGAGAGCCGAUUCCGGUGUUACCAACUGUGCAUUACAACAUGGGAGGAGUUCCUACUAACUACAGGGGUCAGGUACUGCGUAAUACUGAUGGUACUGAUCAAAUCGUUCGUGGCUUGUACGCUGCGGGUGAGGCGUCUUGUUCCAGCGUGCAUGGUGCCAAUCGACUUGGCGCUAUCCUGCUUGAUUUGGUCGUUUUCGGGCGAGCAUGUGCUAAGACCAUUGCGGAAACAUCGAAACCAGGAGAUAAAAUCGGUGAAUUGUCCAAGAAUGCCGGUGAGAAAACCAUUGCGAACGUUGACCGUUUACGCUAUGCCAAUGGUUCGGUACCAACCGCCAAUCUUCGCCUGCGUAUGCAAAAGUCAAUGCAAACGAACGCGGCCGUUUUCCGCACGGCCGAAACCCUCCAGGAGGGCUGCAGGCAAAUGAAAGAGCUCUACAAAGAGUUGGAUGAUCUAAAGGUGAGCGAUCGCUCGCUAGUCUGGAACUCCGACUUGGUCGAGAGUCUUGAACUGCAGAACUUGAUGCUCUGCGCGAUGCAGACGGUAAUCGGCGCCGAAAACCGUAAAGAAUCACGCGGUGCGCACGCCCGUGAAGAUUUCAAAACGAGGCUGGAUGAAUUCGACUACAGCAAGCCUUUGGAAGGCCAGCAGCGUGUCGAUUACGACAAACACUGGCGCAAGCAUACGCUCACCACCAUGGACGAAAAGACCGGUGCCGUCGACAUCAAGUACCGGCCCGUCAUUGACGAAACGCUCGACCAGAAGGAGUGCGCCACCGUGCCGCCAACGAUCCGAUCAUACUAGGCUCUUACAGCUAAAAUGUACUUAAUUAAUUUACAUUUACACUUACACAACAUACAUACACACACUCACGCCACAGUAUGAUUGCCAUUUAACGUGUCAAGUUAUUUAUUCUCGAGCGACGUAAUUAUUUAUUGUUUAGUUUCAAUGCGGUGCUGCCUGCUGUGCCGGAAAGUAUUACGAUCGAUUUAGGCGAACACUUAUCCUGCGGUGAGGGGGGGAGGGCGAACGGUGUUGUUAUAUAAAAAUAUACAAUUUUCAUUCGA